AUGCUUGUUUAUUCCUGCUUCUCAGCUUAUGCAAAGGAGCUGAUGAGACUAUUUGAUUUUGAAGUACCUAUUGGUAUCAAGAUGGACUGGGUUUCUAUUCUGUACACGCGCCAAGCAAAGUACAAUGAACGGUCCCCUGGAUUGACUAGUCCACAUUGUUUCACUUGGAGGAUUCAUGCCAAGAGAGCUGAUCGCACUUUGAGGUUGAUUCUCCACCCAGCAAGUGCAAAACCUGACUUUCCAUUUGCAGCACCGGCCACCUACAUCAGUGAUUGGAAGUCGGCGCAACAAGGAUUGCUGAGUGUCAAGGCCUACGGUCCGGUGAAGGAUGCGAUCCUGACCUUGAUCAGCAAGUUACGGGAUUACUACAUUUUGACGGAGGUUCUAUAUCCAGGCAUCAACUUCACAGGGAUGUUCAAGUUUGCUACUACAAGGUUGUACGGUUCUUGCACCCUGUUCAAACUGCUCUUGUCCAUCGAGGCCACUCCGGCCCAGGCUGAUCAAGCUUUCAUAGCUGGCAAAGACAAACCCUCUCCAACAACUGCCAAUGACGACUCAUCUGAAGAGGAGGACAACAAUGAAUCUCAGGAGGGAGCGGUUUCUCUAUCCGGGGCAUUCACGAAGGUGACAAAAAAGAAGAAGAAGAAGAAAAAGAAGAAGUUGCCCCUUUCCGAUAACCUCAAGAAUCAUUUUCUCAAAGAUCUGUCCCCGGCACAACGCAAACUGGCUGAAGCCACCGACCGCAAACUGCAGAACAAUAUUGAUCGCCAUAAAGCAGGUCCACUCUUCUUGAUGAUCCUUCCUGGAGAAAUGGAAGGCUCUUACAUCUUUGUAUGUCACAAGAAGUACGGUCAGUUGGCUUGA